AUGUCUGUCCCUCGUCUCCUCGUCGUCGGCGGCAACGGCUACCUCGGCUCUGCGGUAUGCAAGGCGGCCGUUGCAAAGGGCUGGGACGUAGCGUCUAUGUCCUCAUCUGGCAAGCCAUACACCACGCCAGCAGGCCACACGCCAAAGUGGGUGGACGCCGUGCAGUGGCACCGCGCCUCCGCCUUUGAGCCAGACACGUACCGCGACCUGAUCGCGAACAAGAGCGCGGUGGUGCACACGAUGGGCAUCCUCUUCGAGGACUCGGAGUACAAGAACGCGAUUGCGCGUGGCGACAUCCUCGGCUUGCUGGGAAGUGUAGCACGCAGCGCAACAGGCAGCGGGCCCGCGAGCAACCCGCUCAAGACAGGCAAGGAGGCACGCAUGACGUACGAGGCGAUGAACCGCGACUCGGCCCUCACGGUGCUCGACACGAUGCUCGCGGCGCCGUCGCCGCCCGCCCCGGCCGAGCGGUCGUUCGUGUACAUCUCGGCGUCCGGCAAGGUCGCGUUCGUGCCGGACCGCUACGUUGACACGAAGCGCGAGGCCGAGCUCGGCAUCAUGGGCCGCUGCGCUGCGAACGGGCAUGUGCGACCUGUCAUCAUGCGGCCAGGUCUCAUGUACAACGCCCAUGUUCGCCCCGUGUCCACGAUCCCGGCCUUCGCGCUCUCCAUCACCGCCGGGCUGCAGGACCGGCUGCAGCUACCCAAGCCUGCGUCGCCGGACAGCGCGCUGGGCAAGGUCGCGGACUCGCUGUCCACACACCCGUUGCAUGUUGAUCAUGUGGCGGACGCGAUCGUGCGCGCUAUCAGCACGCAUGAGGAGGGCAUCAUUGACGUGGAGACGAUGCGCGAGUGGGCCGGGUUUAAUGUCGUGCGGCCCAAGGCUGAAGCGCGCAGCUAG